AUGACACUCCCCAUUGUUGCCGCGAGCAGCGAUGAUUCUUUGGACGAAUCGACGCUGACUCCGUUUUCCACGGGCGUGGGUUCCUCUUGGUUGGACCUUAAUGCUACUACGAAUACGAAUGGAGCGCACGGCUUGGACGACAUGAAGUUUGUCUCGAUGGCUUCUUCGGCAGUGGAAACGACCAGUUUUAGCAAUGAAGAAGCAGCAGCAGAAGGAGAUCCCAAACUGCACACCAAUACUGCACAGAAUCGAUCGUCCACUGUGACGCAACGAACCGAAUUGGAAGCAUUGUCCUUGAAUGUGGAAAAGACGACGAAACGAACACGAUUCUUGGCAUUGUUGGUGGUCCUCAUUGGAGCCGCCGCCGCGGCGGCUUUUUUGGCAUUGGGCAUUACAUCCGCCAAUCAAGAUGCAUCCGACUUGUUUCUGGGACGAGCCCGGACCAUUGGCGUGGAAAUUGGCACCAGUUGGAGGGAUUAUGAAACGGCCGCCUUGUGGAUUCAGGAAUCCUGUCGCGAUUGGAGACACACCAAUUAUACGCGAGACGAUUUUGCACUCCUCUACGAGUUUAUUCGACGCAUGCCAUUGGACUUUUACGGCAUGGAAUGGGUCCCCAAUAUUACGCACGAUGAACGAGCUAGUUUUGAACAAGAAGGCAAACGGGGAUGGAAACUGGAGGAACCACCCCAACAACCUACCGGGCAACAUCUAUUAUGGCACGAAGAAGACGAACAGCAGCAGCAGCAAGAAGAUGGAUACACUGGAUUCAUGGGGCAGGAACCGGAUCCAGACAAUCCAGGAGAGCUAAUGUACACGGAACGUUCCGAACAACCAUUCUAUUUCCCAAUUCAC